GAGAGAGUGAGAUCGCACGAGCCACAGCUAUCACAUUCACACAUCUUAUCCUAAAUAUUCCCGCUGGAUUUUUCCCACUGAACUCUGCUGCCUGAUUAACAUCUGACAUUUGAGAGCAAAGCACCCCUGAUGGACGCAGUCACUUCACCAAACAUUCCCAAUGAUCAGAGACAGCUCCAUCGAGGGGUUCUUGGAUCCUUUGGCGAUUCCUCUUCCUGUGGGCAGAGAGGGGUCACGACCUUACCCAGGGCUCCAGCAUACAACUCGGUCAGCAUCCUCACCAGCGGCCCGGCCAACGACACGGACAGCAUCCAGACCACCCACCCAGUAUCUGAUGGCGACAGCAUCCAAACAGCCCAUCCUGCGUAUGACACCGAGAGCAAUCAAACGGGCCACCUGGCGUAUGAGACAGACAGCAAUCGGACCCUGAACCCGGCGUUUGACACGGACAGCACACACACACUCCACCCAGCGUACACACUCGAGAGGAUGACCAUGGAGGGAGUACCGGGUCCACCUGGGGGUGACGGUCCAGCCACAAGCCUCUCUCUGAACCCUUCGAUGGACCCGCCUCCAUACAGCCCACCAGACCCAAAAACAGCGUACCUCAUGUACCCCUCUCCAAUGCCCCAUUACCCCAACCAGCCUGUGAUUGCAUGCCAGCCGCGGGCAAAUCCACCCACUUUCUACCAGCCUCCCUUCUUGCCGCCAUCCACCUACCCAUCAUAUACUAUAUACAUGAACGGACCUCCGCUGGGAGAAGAGCAGCCGCCGUUACCCAAAGAUUACCUGGUGGAGUCUCUCCUUGUCACCAUCUUCUGCUGUAUAAUGAGCGGUCUCGUCGCAGUCAUGUAUUCUUACGAAACCCGUGCUGCUUUGGCGAGGGGUGAUAUCCACGAAGCUGAGAAAACAUCCCAGAAGGCUCGUCUUCUUGUUAUGUUCAGUUUAAUGUUCGGUAUAUUUGUGUUUGUGGGCUGGAUUAUUUAUGUGGUAAUAGCACUCUGUGCAUAGAAAUACAGAUUACUAAAAUAAAACUAUGUAAUGAUAAAUUCCUGAAAAGAAAUCUAGUUUCUACAGCAAUAAUAGUAAUUCUCUCAUGAACAGGAACAGAAUGUAUUAAUAAAAGAGUUUUAA